CCACCUCAGCCUCUUCAAAGGCGUCGCGAGUCAACUCCAAGGUCGACGUGCCCAUGCAUGGCAUUGGCAUGGCUUAUGGCUGAUGGCUCGAGGGAGGCUGGCAGCCACCAUUAAUUGUAGUGUGCAUCGCUGCAACGAGUGAUGGGACGUGUGAGAAAUGCACGUUGUGGCAGCAUGGGACAGUGUCCGAACACGGCACGGUGCCGCGGCAGUGGGUGGGAUCUGACGCCGCGGUGGGCAGGCAACAAGAGAGCACCUGAGGGCGGCGAGGGAGUGGUGUCCCGGUGGAGCCGAGACCGCAAGGCAUGGCGUGUUUCGCGUAAGGAAGGUCUACUACCGACCGCAUUAAUGAAGCUCGAGUCCUCGUCACUGUCGUCAGUUCCAGACAUUCAGCUCAAGUUGAGGAGGAUCCGAAGAGAAUCGUCUUCCCAUGUCAGCCCAACAUGAAGGCCAUGAACGAUGGGGCCACAACAAGGUUGGUGUAAGAACCAACCUAAGCCCCCUUUUUUUUUUUUUUAACAAAUUUUUGUUAAGUAUUUUUUUUUUCAACUAAAAACU